AUGCAAUUACGUGCUGGCGGUCUUUCAGCGAACUACAACGAAAGUAUUGCUCACGCAAUUCAUUCAAUGACGGUUCAAGGUUUACAACUCUUCAAUCCACGUGCUACUGAAAAGAAUACAAUUCCAACAGUCAAUCACAAUUUGCAUGACAAAAGCGGACAAAAAGUUCUUAUGUAUGCACCAAACGACCAACUUCCAUCCGAUUACUUCGAUUUCACCAUGAAUAUGAUUGACAAAAUCCUCGCUAUGAUCGGCAAAUCCGAUGAUGGUCUUGGUGCUCACUGGUCAUCAACCGAACGAAUUGUCCACAAAUUUCAUAUGUGGGAUUUAUGGCUCCGUCUUCAAAAAGAAGUCCGUGAAAUGAAAACCAAACCAAGCGGAUCCAUCUGUAAAUGCGUUUUGGAUGUUGAAUCCAACGGUAUCUUUCAAGCUGUUCAAUGGAUCGCUGCCCAUUAUGAAUCAGGUACACCAAUCACUCUACUCGACCGUCCCAUUCCAAAAUUGACCGAUUCCGAAACAUGGGCUUUCUGGAAGAACGAUCUUCUUCACUACUACACACCAGAAGCUCUUCACGAUGCCGCCGUUUAUCUUCAUUGUGCAACCAAAGAUUUCUAA